AUGACAAUAAUCUUGAAGUGAAUGUGAAUGUGAUUCCGAAUUCUAUGAUUUCACCGUUUGGAUGCAGUUUAAAUAGGAAUGUGAUUCCUGAUUUAUCAUUUCAGUUUAGUUUCCUAAAUUAAGAAGGAAUACUUCCCACAUUCCUAUAUCUGAAAAUGUGAAACAAAACACUUGCAUGAAAUAAUUUUUUUUUCCCCUUCUAAUUCCUGAAUUAUCCAAACACUUUAAUAAGAUUAUCCAACUAUCAAAAUAUCGGUUGGGUUGAGUCUUCUUUAAGUAGAGAAAACAUCCCCUAAAUCGUCCCAAGUGGAGGGUGGUGAGAUCAAUGUGGGGAGAUGGGUACAAAACUUGAAUAAGCAUGAGACAGUUGGAGUAGGUCAAUACAACAAAAUCAGUGUACAGUUUUAUAGUCUCUUUUAUGUGAGAUUCAUUGUUGCAUCUCUUUUUUUAAAUCAUAUUUUGGAAUUUCAUGUUUGGAACUAUACUUACAUAAUCAACAGGUUCGGUAUCGGUCCAACCUAUGCAUUCAUGCCAGCAUUGUCUAUUGGUCUGCACAAUCCUUUAUAUAUAUUUUCUCCCUCCCUCCCUUUCUCUCUCUCUCUCUCUCUCUCAACAUGCCAACCAACAUGGGUACAUUCUGCAAAGAGAAAGCUGUGUUAGUGGCUGUGUAUGUGGAGACACCAAGGAAGAGAAGGUUGUCAUCAAAUAACCACCAUCGCGAUAGCCACCACCACCAUCACUACCACCACCACUAUCUUCAUCAGCCAAAGCAUGGUGCUAAUGGUGGGGGAUACAAUAGGAGAGCUGAUCUUCUUGAUUAUUCAAGACGCCUUCGAGCAUCUGCUCAAUCAGGACCAUCCACACCCUUAUUACAUCCAAAGCCAGUUCCUUCCGAACCCAACAACCAACCUAUGAUACAGAUCAUCGGAGUUGGAGGCAAGACAAAAGGCUCAAAAGUGACUAGGCUUCCAAGUUGUUUGGGCAACUUGAAACUAGUGAUUCCGAGUUUUCUCAGGUCUUUCCAAGCUAAGAAAAAAAGGAAGAAAAAGAAGAGAACUGAUGAUUCAACAGCCAUUAAAAUGAAAUCUAUUAUGAAGAGCUUUCAGGUGCAAAAGAAAAGGGGGAUUCCUUUGAAAACUACUUGCAGCAUUGCAAAAUCAUAGGACUCCAAGCAGCCCAUAUUGAGGAGCCUGGAGCCAUGAUGUUUGGUUUGAGGACAUCAGCAGUUUGUAAAAGAGCAUUGUUUACAUCAGGACCUCUUGAUGAAUAUGAUGCCACAACCGGAGCCUCCCUUGUAUAAAUUGCUCGUCUUCCAUCCAAAAUCCUUGCUGUCGCAGUGAAGACUACCGCUCUUUUCCACUCCUGCUCCUAAUUGUAUUCAUAUUGUAAUACUCCCAUAAUGCCUGCGUAAUCAGAAACACAGAUGCCAAUUCCUAAAAAAUUGGAACCUAAGAGCUCAUUAGAAAUAAUUAAACAACAUGGAAUUCAUUUUGUGAAUUAUUGAAAUGUUAAGUGUAAUGAAUAAAGGCUAUGCCUAAAUUCAGUUUCAGCAUGCUGUCAGACAAUGCAAAUUUUUCUGAGAACUUUGAUCAUGAUGAUUUUCAUGAUAAACUGAAAAUUAACAGUGUUAAUAUUAUGUGCCAUAUUGAAACCACA